CCGUGAGGGGAGCGCGGUGCACGCCGGGAUAGAUCCGGUCCGUGAGGGGAGCGCGGUGCGCCCCGGGACACAUCCGGUCCGUGAGGGGAGCGCGGUGCACGCCGGGAUAGAUCCGGGUCUCCCGCCCAGCGUUCACGAUCCCGGCUGGUGUUCCUGUUCCCGGGCUCCUUCCCCGCCGCUGUUCCUGCCCCAGGCCAAGGCCCCCGCUUUCAGCCCGCAGCCAUGGCGAUGCAAGCGGCCAAACGAGCCAACAUCCGGCUCCCCCCGGAGGUGAACCGGAUCCUGUACAUCAGGAACCUGCCGUACAAGAUCACGGCCGAGGAGAUGUACGACAUCUUCGGGAAGUACGGCCCCAUCCGGCAGAUCAGAGUUGGGAACACCCCUGAGACCAGAGGAACAGCCUAUGUGGUGUACGAGGACAUCUUCGAUGCCAAGAACGCCUGUGAUCACCUGUCAGGGUUCAACGUGUGCAACAGAUACCUCGUGGUUCUCUACUACAACGCAAACAGGGCAUUCCAAAAGAUGGACACAAAGAAGAAAGAGGAACAGCUUAAGCUUCUCAAGGAAAAAUACGGAAUUAACACAGACCCACCGAAAUAAACUGAUCUUUUUUGGAAAACUGUUUUCAAGCCCUGCCAUCAAGUUCUUAACCUAAACACAGGAAUUCUCAACAAAGUGUAACUUUUUCUCUUACAAGUUUGAUAAGCUGCAAUAUGAAUCUUUAGAUCUUCACAUUAGAAUUAAAUAAAUGUAAAACAUGGGAAGAUCUGCUUUAAGAUUAAAUCCCCCAAGUGGACAUGGGCUCUCCAAGCUGUGAGGGUGACCUGGCAAAGGCUGCAUUGACCUGUUCCUAGCAGGAGCUUUAAGAAGGGACCGAGCAGGUUCUGUUUUUGACUGAACAAAGCAAGCCUAUGUUUAUAGCAAAGUUUCUUUCACAAACUGUAGAAGAUAAAUGGCCUUUUAAAAGCAUCCAGCUGAUAAGCUGACUCCAGUCAAAUCUUGUUCUAGCAGUGGUGCCAACACUGACCAGGUGCAGUGAAACAGCCCUGCUCUCACAGUGCUGUGCUGCUGGGCUGAGCUAAGGCUGUACAAGGUCUUUGAUGUGUAUACCAGGUUUGUACUGAGGACUCUGUGAAUUAGAGAACACUCGACCAAAAUGAGACAGUAGAUGAAGGUUUUGAUUUUGGUACCCGUACUGUGAUUGUUUUCUGUCUGAUGUGUUUGAACUGUAACACAUUUUCUGUACAUAAAUUUUUAGGUGUAGCACCUGGUGGAGGCAAAACCAAAUUUACAUUUUUUGUAGAUUUUUUUUCUUCAGCACUCAUGUCCUGUGUAUAAAAAUGAGUGUGAUACAGAGUGUGCAUAACCAGUGUCUUUUGGAAGUGGGAAAGAACAACCUCCACCUCUGUUCUGAGCCAGCUGGAAGUUGUGUGAACACUGGCAGUAUCCUGCCUUGGAAUGAUUUACUUGGGUGGAUGUGAGGUUUUACUCCCUGACCAGACAACUUCCAGCCAGUGCAGAACGUGGGCAGAUGCAAACAUAGCCUGAGGAUUUGUAAUUUAAUUUUGUUUUUUUUCAGUUCAUUGUACUGUCAUAAAGAAAUGUUCCAAUUUUCUGAUCCUUUGAUUUUUGUUGGAAUCUGUCACUUAAGGAACCAUGCUGUUCAUUUGGUAAAAAAAAAUAAAGUCUACAUGUUUUGCUUUUUUUUUUCAUCAAGGCUUGCUGUUUGCUGUGCUAGUUCUGUGUAAAAAAAAUAAAAUGUCUACAUAUUUUGCUUUUUUUUUUU